AUGUCACCGGAUAAAAAACAAGACGAGCCCUUGACUCCCACUGCUUUCAGUGUCGGUCAGGUCAAUGAAAGCUCUCAUGAUGCCGUCUUUGGUACAAUCACGGACGACGGCCCGAACUAUCGCAGUGUGGGUUGGCUAGGCACGGCCGUGUUGAUGAUGAAAACCCAAAUAGGUCUCGGUGUCCUCUCAAUCCCAGUGGCCUUCGAUGCCCUAGGGGUAGUUCCUGGUGUAAUCUGCUUAUGUGCCAUUGCUGCGAUCACAACAUGGUCCGACUAUAUUAUUGGUGUCUUUAAACUUAGACAUCGUGAGGUGUACGGUAUUGACGAUGUCGGCGAGCUGCUUCUUGGCAAGCCUGGUCGAGUCGUUCUUGGAGGUGCCUUCGUUCUCUGGUGGAUCUUCGUCGCCGGCUCUGGUAUGCUCGGCGUCUCCAUCGGUCUAAACGCAGUAUCCUCCCACGCCACUUGCACCGCCGUCUAUGUUGCCGUUGCCGCCAUCGUCGGAUUUAUGUUCGGCAGUAUUCAGACACUAGGACGCAUCUCAUGGCUCGCGUGGCUGGGACUUUUUAGCAUUCUAACUUCCAGUCGCCCUUCCGCCGCCCCAACAGACGUUGUCUGGGUCCCCGAUUACGAAAUUGUGAAGAGUGAUGUAUCAUUCACCGACGCCAUUACCGCCAUCUCAACGCUCGUAUUCGCUUAUGCCGGCACCCCAGCAUUCUUCUCUAUCGCAGCUGAGAUGCGCGAGCCUCUGCAUUACAACCGAGCCCUGAUCCUUUGCCAAUCAGUAGUCACUGGAUUCUACCUCGUGAUUGGCAUCGUCAUCUACUAUUACUGCGGAUCAUACGUUUCGUCUCCUGCCCUCGGGUCGGCUGGCCCCACCGUCAAGAUUGUCAGCUAUGGCUUCGCGCUUCCUGGGUUGAUCGUCAGUACACUACUCUUUGUCCACAUCACGGCAAAGUAUAUUUUCAUCCGAAUCCUCGGUGAAUCCCGGCAUUUGGCAGCCAAUACUGUUAUCCACUGGGUUGUCUGGCUCGGCUGUACACUGGGUACUACGAUAAUUGCCUAUAUUAUCGCCAGUGCUAUCCCCGUAUUUAGCGAUCUUGUCUCACUCGUUGGUGCCUUGCUUGGUACACCCAUGUGUUUUCAACCGAUGGCCGGCAUGUGGCUAUACGACAACUGGAGCAAGGGCAAGAAAAACAGAACUACUAAGUGGGUGAUGAUGGUUGGGUGGUGUGCCUUUAUUAUACUAGCUGGAACCUUUUUGAUGAUUGGGGGAACAUAUGGGUCCAUUGUCACAAUUAUUAACACUUACAGGAAGUCUGGGGGUUCGGCAGCCUGGUCUUGCGCUGACAACUCAAGCUCGUAA